AAACUGAAAGUAAAUUCGACAACUAUUUUAUGUAGCUUCAAACGAGACAGCUCAACAGCAGGAGAAAUGAGUUGUGAUGGCGACCAGCACACAAUGCAGUCCUCAGAUGAUGUGCUGCCCCCUCCUGGUGACAUCCAGGUCCUGCUGCUGACAUUAGAUUCUGUGUCUCUGAGCUGGAGUUCUCCUCAGGGGCUGACAGGACCACAGACAUUCAGAGUGACCUGGGGGUGUGACGGUGAAACAAGCUCAACAAGAGUGAAAGAUGUGUAUCAUCUUAAAAUAAGCAGUCUCAGACCUGGUGAAAAGUACCAGUUCAAUGUGGCUACAGAGGGAGAAGAUGGAAGACAAAGCAGAUGGGUCUCAGCAUCCAUAUCCACAGUGGUCACACCCAGAGAUUUAAAGGUAGACCAUUUGGAAGAGACCUCCUUCACUCUCCACUGGUCCAAGGCUGAAGGGAUGGAGAAAGUCCCACAGCGCUUCUUCAUAUCCAACUGCAUCCCAGGAACAGACCCCCUCACAGCCGUUACUGACGACUGCCACAAAAACUUCUCAAACCUGCAUCCUGGCACCGAGUACACUGUUAGUGUUGCAACUGUGCUGAGCAAUGGGGAACAGAGUGAACCUGUCUCUUCAACAAUCUGCACUAUACUUCCUGCUCCAGACCAGCUGACUGUUGACUCAGUGGACACCACAUCAGCUGCUGUUAGCUGGAGCCAGCCACCAGGAUUGGACCACACCCAACAUCAUUACAAGAUCUCCUACUGCUGUCCAGGGAUAAAACCACACAUCACUACCACAUCUUCACCCAGCAUCACUCUCUGUGACCUGAAACCUGCUACUGAGUACUCGGUCACUGUCUGCACUGUGCUGGAAAAUGGAAAGCAAAGUCAACUGGUGUUAACAACCUUCACCACAGGUAACUACCCUACUUAAGUAUUAGUUCUGGUUAUCAAAAUGACUAUAUGUGAAUUCCCCAGAUCUCAAAAUGCAGUUUGGUGAAAUCA